AUGGCGGCGCCCGUUGUUCCGGAGAGUGACAGCAUCCGCAGGGCCGUGUCGCUGCUCAACGCCCUGGACCCAGGCCGGUUCCCGCGGCUCCUCUCCCGCCUUCUCCAGAAGCUGCACCUGAAGGCUGAAAGUAGCUUCAGUGAAGAGGAGGAAGAAAAACUUCAAAUAGCUUUUUCGUUGGAAAAGCAGGAUCUUCAUCUAGUUCUUGAAACUAUAUCAUUCAUUUUGGAACAGGCAGUCUAUCAUAAUUUGAAGCCUGCUUCGUUGCAACAGCAGCUGCAAAGCAUUCACCUGGAUCAAGACAAAGCUGAAGCAUUUGCCAGUGCAUGGGCGGCUGCAGGUCAAGAUACGAUUGAAAAGUUCAGGCAGAGGGUUUUGAACCCUCAGAAGCUUGAAACAAUUGGAUGGCAGCUUAAUCUUCAAAUGGCAGAGUCCAUGCAAGCGAAGCUGAAGUCCCCUCGAGCUGUGCUAGAGCUGGGAGUGAGCAAUGAAGAUUCAAAGAACCUGAAGAAAGUGUUUGUAGAAUUUAGUCAUCAGGAGCUGUUUGAGUUCUAUAACAAGCUGGAAACUAUACAGGCACAGCUGGAUUCCCUUACGUGAUGUUUUUGAAGACUUAUUUCUCCAUCACACUCCUGCCACCUCAUUAUUUUGAAUUGAAGAUAGAUUGCCGAGCUGUGUUUGCUGAAGGAUUCAGUGGGUUGCUUCCUGUAAAAUUAUAUGGCUUAUCUCCUUUUUAGACCAGUAACAUUAGCCAAGAGUCUUUGUUAAGAGUCUGAAGAUUCUAAUGGACUUUCUUUUGUUUUCUGAGCAAUUGUGAAGAAUGGCUUUACUUGCAGAAAGAAUGCUGCUCUGCUUCAGAAAUGUUUUUUUCUUUUUUUGGUCCUGUUAUAUGUGUUACUUGAUUCUGGUAGAAAUUUGCAUACUGGUGAGGGACUAGGAAUAAAUUUUAUUUUUUAGACAUAAAAGAAAUAUAAAAGGAGUAAGAAAAUACACGGCUAAUAAAAUAUCCUUUUGAAUUGUUAUUCAUAUGAUUGAUAAUGCUUAUUGCAAAUUUGUCAAAAUAAAUUCAGAAUUUAAAAAUG